AUGGUGAUGAUGAUGGUUUGUGGUGAUGAUGAUCGUGAUGGUGAUGAUGGUGGUGGUGAUGAGAUGGUCAAUGGUGGUGAUGAUGGUGGUGAAGAUGAUGGUGGUGAUGAUGAUGGUGAUGAUGAUGAUGGUGGUAAUGAUGAUGGUGGUGAUGAUGAUGAUGGUGGUGAUGAUGAUGGUGGUGGUGGUAAUGAUGAUGGUGGUGAUGAUGAUGGUGAUAAUGAUGGUGAUAAUGAUGAUGGUAAUGAUGAUGAUGAUGGUAAUAAUCUUGAUGGUAACAAUGGUAACUUUGGUGGUGAUAAUGCUGGCUUUGUAAAUGCUGAUGAAACAAGGCACAAAGA